CAGAGGUUUUAUAAAGUCUGGUGAACGGAGCCUAUUGUGGUAAGCGCGAUAAAAAUAGGGCAGCGCGAAAGAUCGUGGCUGAAUGAGAAGAGCUAGUAGUAGUAGGCAACAUAAGCAACGGUGAAGAACUGUCAGUGUCUUGAGUUUUAGUCGUUGCAAGGAAGCACCAUGAAGGAGGCAGUGUUACGGUACUGCCUAUACGCGUUUGCCGCACUGUUCGUCAUCCCAGAAGGCCUAGCUGUGAGAGUGGGCCAGCCAGGAGCACAGAGAAAAGCAUCUGUUGCGGAUCAACAAGCAGCCGCAUCGUACUGGGAUGGAGAUUUGGGAAGUGAUGUUUUUUCAUCAGGGCAUUCUAUACUUCAGUCACACCCACCAUUAGGAUCAGGACCAGGUUCGCGAACAAGAGGAGGAAACGGAGGAAAGAGGACUACUUUAGGAGGACCUCAAUUCAAACAUUUGGAUUAUAGAACAUCGGCAACAGCUGAGUUGAGAAAAAAUCCGUCUCUUUCAACGCCAGAGGAGUGCGCUAGAGCAUGUAGAGAAGGGGAUCCCCCAAGGAUCUGUUAUUAUCACUUCACACUUGAACUCUACACAGUUCUUGGAGCAGCUUGUCAAGUGUGCACUCCAAACGCCACAAAUACAGUAUGGUCGAAUUGCCAAUGCGUGCUAGCCGAUGGUGUGGAAAGAGGUAUACUAACAGCAAAUCGUAUGGUACCAGGACCAAGCAUACAAGUAUGUGAAGGAGACAAGGUCGUGAUUGAUGUAGAGAACCACAUGCAAGGUUUGGAAGUAACCCUUCAUUGGCACGGAAUCUGGCAGAGAGGAUCCCAAUACUAUGAUGGUGUCCCAUUCGUUACACAGUGUCCUAUUCAGGAAGGAAACACAUUCAGAUACCAAUGGGUAGCAGGAAACGCAGGUACUCACUUCUGGCACGCUCACACGGGUGUCCAAAAAAUGGACGGUCUCUACGGGAGCAUAGUUGUUCGUCAGCCUCCUAACAGAGAUCCAAACAGCCAUCUCUACGACUACGACUUGACCACUCACGUGAUGUUGCUCAGCGACUGGAUGCACGAAGACGCUCUCGAAAGGUACCCAGGUAGAUUAGCCGUGAACACUGGACAGGACCCCGAAAGUUUGCUGAUCAACGGAAAGGGUCAAUUCAGAGAUCCAAACACGGGAUUCAUGACGAAUACUCCUCUUGAAGUUUUCACCAUGACACCCGGAAACAAGUACAGGUUCAGGGUGAUCAAUUCCUUCGCUUCAGUUUGUCCAGCUCAACUCACCAUUCAAGGACACGACUUGAUUCUCAUUGCCACCGAUGGAGAACCCGUACAACCUGUGACUGUGAACACGAUUAUUUCAUUCUCUGGUGAGAGAUACGACUUCGUGAUCCACGCAAACAAAAAUCCUGGUGCAUAUUGGAUACAAUUAAGAGGUCUUGGAGAGUGUGGUGUUAGGAGGGUACAACAGCUGGCCAUUUUGAGGUACGCUAGAGGUCCAUACCAGCCAACUUCACAGCCACCCACCUACGAUUUCGGUAUACCACAGGGUGUGGUUCUUAACCCAUUGGAUGCAAGAUGUAAUGAGCAAAGAGAUGACGCAAUUUGUGUAAGUCAGCUGAAGAAUGCCAAGAGCAUAGACCCUGGCAUUCUGCAAGAGCAUCCAGAUGUCAAGAUUUUCUUGCCUUUCCGUUUCUUACUGUACACCCCAGAAGAUCUUUUCAGGGCCAACACUUACAACAGACAUUUAGUUGCUCCCAAUGGUGAUCAUGUUCUCAGUUUGAUCGAUGAAAUUUCUUACAUGUCUGCACCAGCUCCCUUAAUUUCACAGUACGAUGAUAUCAACCCUGAACAGUUUUGCAAUGGUGACAAUAAGCCAGCUAAUUGCGAACAGAACUGUAUGUGUACUCACAAAGUUGAUGUACCCUUGAACGCAAUCGUUGAAAUUGUGUUGGUAGAUGAAGUUCAACAGCCAAAUCUCAGUCAUCCCUUCCAUUUGCACGGGUACUCCUUCAACGUCAUUGGUAUUGGACGAUCGCCCGACAGAAAUGUCAAGAAAAUCAAUUUGAAGCACGCCCUAGACCUCGACAGGCAGGGUUUGCUCCACCGACAGUUCAAUCUGCCCCCAGCUAAGGAUACCAUCGCUGUACCAAACAAUGGUUACGUUGUACUUCGGCUCAGGGCUGAUAACCCAGGGUUCUGGCUCUUCCACUGCCACUUCUUGUUCCACAUUCUCAUAGGAAUGAAUUUAGUUCUGCAAGUUGGCACACAUGCCGAUUUACCGCCAAUACCUCCAGGUUUCCCAACCUGUGGAGAUCACUUACCGGCCAUUUCGUUAGAUCCGACAAAAGUUAUAUAGUGAGAUUACCGAAUGAGGCUUGAAUUUUCCUCCAUUAUAUAUUUUUUCCAGAGUGACGCAGAAAGUAGUUCAAUAUCCACAUAUCUAAUGAGUAUUCGGGUCAUACAAACAUCGAAAUUUCACACCAUCAAAUGAAUUUUCAAUUCAGCUGAUUGGUCAUGUAACAAGUUGAAAUAUUAAUAGGUACCUACAUAAAUUUUUCGUUAGUGAUUUGAGCUAUUUUUUGUGUCCGGUGAAAAAUUUAUUGGAGAGAUUCAAGCCAAAACACAGAGUUACCUUUACCAAAUUCACAAGCACGGAAUGCUGAAACCUAUAUACUUGAAACUGUUUCUAAUUCUUUCGAUCUUGCCAUUUUCUUUUCGAAAUUGUAAAAACUAUAACUUUCAUUUAUAAUUUAUAGCUAAUUAUUUAUAUAUGACGAUCGUCGCCAUACUUAUUUAAGGUAAGUGAGUGAAUGAAACGUGAAAACGUACAACUUAAGGAAGUCUUUCCACUUUACCUUCAUUAUACGUUUAUUGGCUUGUGGUGCUGUUUGUACAUGCAGUAGAAACAUAGACGAUUGUAAAUUUUGUACAUAUCUAUACGAUGGUUUGUUGGAAGAACCACCACAAUCGAAUUGUUUAUUUUUGUUAUUUUAAAAUGUUAUUAGCAGGUUUGAUGUCAGGAACCUUUACCGUUGACUCCAUAUUGAAAAAUUCUGCAUAUAAAUCCGACGCAAACAUUUGUAUAGAAUAUACGUAUGCAAUUGAAACCAAUUUUCGAUGAAAUGUUACCAUUUACAGAGAUGAGAUUGUAUACUAGUCUUUUUAUGUCUUUUAUCUUUGAACCUGUCGAAGUUACUGUUAUUUUUAGAUGUAAUUAUGUAAAUGUACAUGAUUCAAUAAAUGCAUGUAUAAUGUU